UCCUAACUCGCUCCAUGUUAGACUGAAGUGUGUGAAAGUACUGGUGAAGGACUCGCGUGUGUUCAGUUGUUACAGCGCGUUAAUGGACUAACCGAGACAUAAACGAGACGAGCGGGGGGAAGGCCGUGCAUAUAGCAUGAUAAGCAGCUGAUGAGGGGAGAUGCUGGCCAUGGAUCAAGGCGUAGUGGAGGAGUGGCUGUCUGAGUUUAAGACUCUUCCAGAGACGGCCGUCUCCAGCUACGCCGCCUCUCUGAAGGACAAGGGCUCUCUGGUUCCUGCGCUCUAUAAAGUCAUACGAGAAAACUACAGCGACCUGCUGGAGCCGGUGUGUCAUCAGUUGUUUGAGUUUUACCGCAGCGGCGAGCCUCGUUUGCAGCGCUUCACUCUGCAGUUCCUGCCCGAGCUGGUCUGGAGUUAUCUGUCGGUGACGGCGGGACGAGAUCCUCACUGCAGCGGCUGCAUCGAGGCACUACUGCUCGGCAUCUACAACCUGGAGAUCGUUGAUAAAGACGGCCAGAGUAAAGUGUUGUCCUUCAGCAUCCCUUCUUUAUCCAAGCCAUCGGUUUAUCACGAGCCGUCUUCCAUUGGCUCCCUGGCCUUGACGGAAGGAGCCUUGGCCAAUCACGCUCUGAGUCGCGUGGUGUACAGCGGCCCUCACCUGCAGCGGGAGACCUUCACCGCUCAGAACCGGUUCGAGGUGCUGACGUUUCUGCUGCUGUGUUAUAAUGCGUCUCUGAGCUACAUGAGCAGCUCGUCCCUGCAGUCUCUGUGUCAGCUCAGCUCCAGGGUCAGUAUCUGUGGAUAUCCCCGGCAGCAGCUGCGGAGGUAUAAAGGCAUCAGCUCGAGGCUCAUGGUCACGUCAGAGUUCCUCGUGCAGCUCAUCACCGGCAUUCAUUUUGCACUGUGAGUCUUUUCAGAGCAAACCGGGGGCGUGUGUCUGGAUGACGUCUUGUGUGUGUGUCGAUCUCAGCUGGUACUCUUCCCAGAGGCUCUGCUGGUGGGAAACGCCAUCAAGUCGUCUCUCCACGGCGCGUCUCUGAAGGCCAAUAAAGAGGGCACCCGCUCCAUCCAGGUGGAGAUCACCCCCACAGCCUCCCGCAUCUCCCGCAACGCCGUCACCAGCCUGUCCAUCCGGGGACACCGCUGGAAGCGCCACGACGCAGUGGAUCUGGGUUCCCCGGAUGAGCUGACGGAGAUCGCCGAGGUGGACGAGGGCAUCUGUACGCAGGCGUGCGCCGCUCCGAGCAGCCCUCCGACCAUCGUCAUCAGCGGCAGCGGCGGCGGGAAACCGGCCGGGAAGGGCCUGCGGCGGCUGACGGCCCGCUCCAGCAAAGACAAGGACGCGGCGGGCGGCGCCGAGCAGCUGUCGCGCAAACAGGCCACCGUCCGCGCCAUGAGCGAGAACCUGGAGCUGCUGUCGCUCAAACGCCUGACGCUGACCAAGAGCGGCUCGCUGAGUCUGUCGCGCACCGCUAGCGCCGUCUUCUCGCGCUCCUUCGAGCAGGUCAGCAGCGCCCUCGCCUCCAGCCCCACGGCCAAUCACGUCGCAGAGGCGGACGACGGGGGCGGGGCUUAUCCGGAGCACCUAAGCCCCGCCCACCCGCACCGGCAGCGCUCGCCCACCAUCAGCAUCCACGUGACCUCUGACCUGUGACCCCACACGGAGACGCUCGCCGCCGCCCCCUUGUGGCGAGGAAAACUGCAGCACCUUACAGGAAGUCUGUUUUAUUUUUUCCCGUCAGUGGAAAGUUGUGUAUUUUUGAAGUGUUCGUGUAUUUUUAAAUGCCGUUUCGGACUCACUAUGAGCGUUUUGUAUGUUUGUCGACGCGUGCGAACGGUUACGUAUCGCUGGGACUUCGGAUGCUUGAUUAUGAACCCGAGAGGAAAAUCCGAUUUAAAUCGGAGUCGGUUUCACGUGAAGUUGCGUAUUUUUAACGCCCAUUCGGACACUUUCGUUGUGUUAUUACUCGUUUUUUUUUGUUUUUGUGUGAACUGCUCCUCUUCUCUACGUAUCCCAGCAUGCACUGGGCUCCGUCGCGCCGGUUUCCAGGAAUUCGGAUGCUUACAAACAAAGAGGAAAUCUGACCAGAAAAAGUCACACACUUCCCUUUGGCAAACUGUCGAAAAUGCACACGCUAGCAAAUAAUAUUUAAUUUUGUAUUAAUUGCGCCGUUUUUAAUCAACAACGAAGCAAAAUAAAAUAAUAGUGUAACUAAAAAUAUUUGUUUGACUGGGAUUUUUAUUUUAUUUGCCUUUCGUUAUUAAUCAAUUUAAGGAAAUUAUUAAAAUAUACAUGCAAUAUUUAAUUUAGUUGUUUUUUUUACUGUAUUUUUCAUACAAGCGCAGCCUCUGUGAGCAGAAGAGUUUCUAAAACAUUUACAAAGUGUGUUUGGGUUUGGGCGUCCGCGUGACCUCUGACCUGUGACCCUAAACGCAGACGCUCACCGCUGCCCCCUUGUGGCGGGAAACUGCAGCACCUUACAGGAAGUCUUUUUUUUCCCUCCUCCUCUGGUUUUCGUCAGUGAUCGGUUACCAGAGUCGUGUAUUUUCGAAGUGUUCGUGUAUUUUUAAUGCAGAUGCGGACGUAUUACGAAAAUCUUUUUUACGAUUACGAACCCGAGCUGUUUAAAUCCGAAGCGAGAGUCUUAAUCGCGUGGCGUCGGGUGUUGUGUAAUUUUGUAUUAGUUGAUUUUUACGUAUGCAAACUGCAGUUUGUCGUCUUGACGUAUCCCAGCAUGCACUGAGAUCCAAACAGAAGCCGGCACCGUUUCCAGGAAUUCAGGGGAAAAUCUUGCUGAAAUUUAAAUCGAAACAAAACAUUUCUCUGGUUAUUCACUAAUUUAACUCAUUUACAUUAUAACAUUACAUUUUUUAAUUAGUAACAAAGCUAACUAAAUUAAUAGUGUAAUUAAAACACAUUUGACUGGGAUUUUUUUAAUUAUAUUUGCCUUUUAAUGUUUAAGCAAUUCAAGGAAAUAAUCGAAUUGCAUACAUAUACAUGCGAUGUUUAACUUACCGUUAGUUUUUACUGUAUUUUUAUCAUAUAAACGCAGUCUCUGAGCAGGUUUUCUAAACAUUUAAAGUGGGUUUGGGCGUGACCUCUGACCUCUGAGCCUAAACGGAGACGCUCGCCGCCGCCCCCUUGUGGCGGGAAACCGCAGCACCUUACAGGAAGUUCCCAUUUUAUUUCAUUUUUUUCCGCGAUCGCAAAAGUCGUGUGUUUUUGAAGUGUUUUUACUCGACGUGAAGUCCGAUGUUGUGUAUUUUUAAUAGCGAUUCCUCCGAUCUGCACUUCCUCUUCUCUGCGUGUCCCAGCAUGCACUGGGCUCCGAGCCGAAGCCAUUACGUCGCAGUCUCCGGAGUUUUAGUUGCUCGAUUAGCCGGAAAGUCCUGAAGUAAUCUGACUGAUAGCUGUCUUUUUCUAAAGCAAUAUGGUUAUGAUAUGAAUUGCUGUAUGCGAGGCCGUAAGAGACUCUUUGAGGCGGGCGGGCGGGUUAGUAUUGGUGGUUAAACUGGUAUUAGUUAACCGGCCGUCCCACCGAUGUCAUGCAGAGACCCUUCAAACAGUGUGAUUAUUAGCCAGAAAUCAUUUCUUGAUUUUAAAAACGAAGCUGAUGAUAGCAUUGAGGUUUUUUUGGGGGGUUUUUGAGGUCUUCAUCUGAUUUUAUUGAUUAUUUCUUCUUCUUCUUUUUAAGACGAUGGUAUUUUUGAAGACGUUUUCUGCUCAUAAUGGUUUGUGUUUUUAAUUUGAAGUGGCUCAUUAAUAACCGUGCUCGUAUCUGUGCUCAGAUUAUUUGAAGAAUGUGAAUAUUUUUGUUGUGAAUUGUAAAUAUUAUUGUGCUACAGUCAUUUUUUUUUUUUUUUUUUUUUUUUUUUUUG